CGAGCCUCGGUCGACAGAGGGCGCACGGGAGCCCUGCACUUCAGGAUCUCGCCCUCCCUCCAUCUGGGAAAACAGGACUGAAAGAAGCGGAGCAGCCGUACUCGGGAAGGGAGUAGGCAUCAGUGGCAACCGCACUUUAGAGCAGUCAGCCUUCUGCCAUCCCGCAAACAAACAUGGAUGAACUGUUACUUAAGGAGGAUCUGACGAUGCCGCUGUAAGAAUGCGUCCACCGCACACAUCCCGUUCCCUUUUUCUUUUUCUUUUCCUCUGUAGUUCUUGGAAGACGCUGGCGAAAUCACUACCGAACACAGGACCAGUUGAGGUGCUGAUUAAAGUCCAGGUCUUCGAUAACAGCGACCUGUCACCCCUAAAGGAAUCCACAGUUCAGGUGUGUGGAAACCAGAGCAUCUUAGCAUCCAGUCUUGCUGGAGGAGAUGGGAUUGUCACACUUACAUUCCUGUACCGGCCAGGAACGUGGGUCAUCGUCACAGCAUCAAAGCAUGGAUUUGUCACAAACUCAGCACCCUGGCAUGCCAGCCGCAUCCCACUAUACGCCUCCGUAAGUCUAUAUUUACUUCCCCAGAGACCGGCCACUCUCCUGCUAUAUGACGAUGUUGUGCAGUUACUGUUGGGUUCUCCAGGAUCCCGGAGACAGCCAUGGGUACAGAUUCAGAGGAGAGCCAUCAGACCACCACUAAACACCUCCCAAAUCACACUCUCUGCAAUGCUCACCUCUUCCCGCAGUCAAUAUGAGCUUGGGGGCUUCCCCUACCCCCUCGCCUUGGAAAAUAACUCAACAGGAACCAACAGUAGCUGGGUGGAGCUAACUGCACUAGCUGCAAUGUGUGCUCAGCUCACUGGGCCCAACGGCACUGAGGUCCAGGUGUCAGAAGCCAUUCACAUCUCUAUCCCUCUUCCUUCUGACUCUCCUCUCAAAACUGCCACCAGUGUCCCAGUCUGGAGGUUCGAGGACAGAACAGGUCUAUGGAUCAGAAGCGGUGCUGGAUACAUUAAAAAAGAGGGCACUCAGAUGACAUGGAGUUUUGUGGCUCCAAAUUUAGGAUACUGGCUUGCAGCAUUUCCCUCAGCAUCAGGAACAGGACUGAACACCUCUGGUCUGAGAGACAUCACUACCUACCACACCAUUUUCCUGCUAGCGAUUCUGGGUGCCAUGGCCCUGCUAGUGCUUAUUCUGCUGUGUUUACUACUGUACUACUGCAGGAGGCGAUGUCUGAAACCUCGGCACCAUAGUCGGAAAAUGCACCCCUCAUCCACUCUGGAGAGUUCAAAGAGAGACCAGGGCACAUCCACUUCCCACCUCAAUCUCAUCAGUGGUGGACACGUGGAGACACCCUCCUCGGCCGGUGACCAUGACGGCAUCAAAUCUGAACUUUCCUCCAACCGUGAUCUCCACAGCUCUCGAGAGGACUUCUUCAGACAUGGCCCCACCCAGAGGCAGCACAACUCCAGGAUGAAUGCUGACACAAAGCGAGGAGAGAGCUUCCCAUUGAAGGCCACUCACUCUUCAAACUCAGGAACUCGAAAUCCGCUUCUACAGGACGACUAUAGCAAAGGUUACAGCUCUGCUGAGGACUCCGAUGAGCGCAGAUACCAUCACCAUAAUGCUAAAGACAACCAGGGCUAUUCGUCAGACCCACCGUCCCCACCUCCACUUUUGCCACCAUUUGCUGGUCACUAUCAGGAUCACAGUCAGGACAGCAAACCUCCAGAGUAUUAUGCAUCAGCAGGGGAUCCCCUCACUCGGCCCAGUUCUGUCAACACCCAGCCUGGCCAGCUGAUCUUCUGUCACUCCAUGGAGCAGAUGAAGGAGAGCAUGUACCACAGCAUGGUGCCCACACUGGUCAUCCCUGCACAUUACAUGCAUCUGUCCUCUGACCUGUCAGUUGUGGAGCAGGCCAUGGAAAGGCAGCAACAGCUGCAGCAUGAUAUGGAGGGCAUCCAGGUUAGCAUGACACUGCCUCGGCAACAGAGUCAACACCAAAAGCAACAGCAGCAGCAGGCCAGGCAAGAAAAGGAAGAGGAAGAGUCUAGCCAGCAAGCAGAGGGACCUUCAGAGGAGAACUGGGGAUCUGAACAAUCCACUGCCCCCGUCCGUAUUCCUGUCCUUUUCAAUGACUCUACUAUUGCACAAAUGAAUGGAGAGUUGCAAGCAAUGACAGAGAAGAAGCUGCUGGAGCUUGGGGUAAAGCCGCACCCCCGUGCCUGGUUUGUUUCCCUUGAUGGCCGUUCAAACUCUCUUGUUAGACACUCCUACAUUGAGCUGAGCAAUGAAGCCUUGCGUGCACCUGUGGGCCCCAGCAAUCUAGCCCAGGACCACCGUACUAAAAGAAUCCCCAUGAGUUCAGGGAAAUCUACUCACCGAAAAACAAAAGAGGAGGGCAAGGUGAAAGGAGGUGGUGAAAGAAAAGCUCAUGGAAAGAUUUAUUCCAAGCUUCCCGUUAUCGAAACGCCAGACUCGAGCUGUGAGGGCCAUUCAGGCAUGUACUCACCUGAGGAGAACUCCACAGCACCACUGCUUGACGAGACCUCGGAGUCCAGAGGUGGGACGUUUCCUCGUAAGGGCUGCAGUCGUGACAACAGCACCCGCAGUAGUGCCAGCGAGGUCCACAGAGACUCUAUCACCAGUCCUGAUGAUGACAAUGAAGCCGAUGACAAAGAUGACGACGGCGAGAAUAAGAAGAGCCCCUGGCAAAAGCGUGAAGAGAGGCCCCUCAUAGUGUUUAAUGUCAAGUAACUCACAUGCUGUCCAGGACUGAUUAUGGCACUGUCUUGGCUAUACCCUUCUUUUGCAUAGAUACUUAGUACUGAUGAGGUGUAAAGAUGAA